CCGACACCAAUGCGCGUGACGGAACGAACCCUUUUCUCUUGUAUUAUUUAUUUUUUGUUUUGGUAACAUCAUAACUCAUGGACGACUUCAAAACGUAAUAAAUCGGUGUUUCCUUGGAAAUAAUAUUGAUGUUUCACAAAUUUAGAAGAAUUACCAAAGAAUGGAAAUGGUUUUGUGCCACCUCUGGUUAUUAAGUUAUUUCAAGGAGUUCAAGCUUACCCAGUAUUGAAAAAUGAGAACACCGAGUACGAAUAUGUGUCCAAGUUACCGUGGCAAUGGAUGCUAAAGACUUGAGGACCGAGUCUGGUGUGAGUGAACGCAAUAAUGACGGCAGCAAAUACAGUCAAAGCAGCGGUAUCGCGCUCCACUGUGACAGAAAUAAGUCGUAUCAAGAUAUCGGAUCUAACUCAUUGGGUAAAGUGGAGGUACAGAACGCGCGGCCAUGCGCCGUCAUCGGGCCCGACCGAGUCGUGCCUCCGCCAGCCGUCAGCGACGCGUAUCACAUAAAGAAAGGUCCUGCCGAGCCAUGGCCAUGCAUGGACAACGCGUACAGACGUCUACCCGAAUACCCCCAUAAGUUAGCCAAUUUCCAGAAUCCAACAAGAAACAUAUCACCAAGACAAACAUUCCAAGAAAACAUGCAGCGUAUUAUGGUGCCACCCACAUACAACUCAAUCAAAAUAAAUGAUGACACCAACUAUGCUCAAAUAUCAGAUAGAAACAACAGUGUACCUAAAAAUAUCAAGUUAAACAUGCCGCCAGAGGCAAAGUUCUGUGAUGUGCCUUAUGCUGUUAAUCCUACUAGCAGUGAACUUAAAAAUGUUAGGAACUCUGAAAUGUGUUUACCCAAUGUGAAUCCCACUGUGACACGGACUGCUCCACAUGGAUGGCCUCCAGGCAGUGUUAAUUUACGAUCCACAAGGAUGUAUAGUGCUCCUGAACUGUACCAAUAUCAAGAAUACCCCAGCUGUGCGGGCCCUCGACCAGUAGUGCCCAGACCUCAUAGAACUGUUCCAGAAGAACAGGGCUAUGUGUAUGCUGACCCUUACUAUCAAGAGGGAAACAUUCGCUUCAAGCCUUAUCCAAGUGUGAAGGAAAGAUAUCCCCAGCAAAGGUAUGAGUACAUUGGUAAUUAUUCUAAUCCAUUCCAUCCACCACCUGGUUUUCCAGCUCAUAAAUAUGAGUUACAGAAGUCUAUACCGCCACAUCCCUAUCCUCCAUAUCCUCCAAUCAAGUAUUUGGAUAGCCGAGUGGCAGAACCUGUCAUGGAAGGAUACCAAAGAACUCCCCAAGGUAACUACAACAUCCAAUAUCGUAAUCAAGUAAUCCAUCCAAACUACGGACCAGUAAUAAGUAACUGUCCCCAAAAUAAAAUGCAUUCAUACCCACCUGAUGCUCAUAUGAAAACAAUACCGUCAAACAAACUACCUUAUGAUAACAGUACUAAAGCAUAUAUUGAAUAUGAUAAUAAUAGACCCAAAAUUUAUCCUACAACUGAAAGCUAUUUUGUCAAUGAAAUGCCUAGGAUGCCUAUGAAGAGCCAAGUUAUAAUGCCUAAUUAUUCCACGAUAAAUGUACAUAACCUACCUCCAAAUCCAUAUUACAAAAAAGACACCCAACAAUUGAAAAAUUAUGAGCAUAUGGCUCAUUUUAGAAACAUGGACCCUAACAUUAAUGUACACAACCCUAUGUCCAGACACGCUCCUGUGUUUUCACCAAACACACUAGCAAUUUCCCCCACAGAUUCUAAUACUAGUAAUGAUACAACCCAAACUCUUGGGACCUCUCAAGAAGAUUGUGGUUAUGUGAGUCAAUCAUCUACGGCAAGUGUUAGAAGUAUUGAUUCUGGUGUCAACAGAAUACCAAAUGAAUACCUUAGGAAAUAUUAUGACAAUAGGUAUGGACCUAUGGUCAGAACAUCGCCUAUGAUGUCAAAGUCGCAAUUAAAUUCUAAUAAUAAUAUGUCCAAAGACAAAAAACAAAUAGAUGUUAGGCAGUUCCUGCAAAUGUGGAAUGAAGGAGAUGAGGAGCAAGAAGAAAAUGGCUCUAAAGAAAUAAUCAUCCAGACAGGAUCUAGCGAGAAAACCAACUUCAACAAGACAAAUGACGGAAUGAAUAACCAAGAACAACUGUAUGUACUUGGUCUUGUAAAUGUUCCUAGCGAAGAACUUGCUAAAUAUGAACAUAUUCAAAAAGUCUCUAAGUUACCUGAGAAUAUCAAAGGAUAUAACAGUAUUGAAUUACUCAAUCAAUUUGAAGAGGUGAUAGAAUCAUCGAAUAUGAGUAACUACAAGACACCAGCCUCCAAAGACUAUCACAUGGCCAUGAAAGUUCACCAGAAACAGGUGACAGGAGUGAUACCACCUAGACCUGUUUCACCUUUAGAUGUUGAAGCUAAAAUAAGUCAGUCCGUCAUUCACAAGGAGGUUGGCUGUAAUUUUGAAAUAAAGCCUUGUAGUCCGAAAAUGCUCAAUGUAGAAGUAGCUGCACCUGUUCAAAAUAUUUUGGCUGAAAGGUCAAUAGAGAAAGUGGCAAAUCCAGUGAUAAAUAAGUCUCCUAUGUUAAAUGGAAUUAAUGAAAAUAUUGAUUGCAACAUAAUGAAAAGAGGUGAUCAUCGAAUGAAUAUGAAUGAAAACAUAAGAAUUCCCAGCUGCAAAAUGAUUAACAAUACACAAUUUUCAAAUACUAAUCCUAUGGACCCUAUUAAAAGCAGUUACAGUUUACAGGACCUCGAAAGUAAUUCAGGCCUAUGUCUAGCUUCACUACCUCGACUUGACAAUGACAUUGAAUUAAACUUUCCUGAAGUAAAUCAACAAUUCAUUAACGCAAAUAAAGGAGAUAACAAUAUUUUAUCAUCAUCAAUGAGAGAUUUGCCAACAUUAGAGGUAUUAGAUCCACCAGAGAACCAAAUGAAAGACAAAUAUGAUCAUACUAAUUCGUCCAGGGCAGAAAAUGAUGUUGCAAAAUCGCCGUGCAUUAUGGAAUCUGAAACAGAAUUUUCUAAAUUGAGUAAAUACCGUAAAACUAAAAUAAAUUCCUCAGAACCCAAAGAAAUCCUAAUACAACACAAUGUUAAUGCCAUCAGAACGGAUAGUGUUAUAAUAAAAAAUCCCGAGAAUAUAAAAAAAUACGAAGAUAAUUUAGACAUUUCAUUAAAAUGUUCAGAUAAAAACGUAGUGGAUGUUCAGCAAGCUCCAAUAAAUUUAACAGCACAAGAAAAUCUUUCAAUUAUUGUUAAUACAUCCCAAAACAUACAUUCUAUUGAAGCAGAAAGAAAUACUCUUCUGCCUACUGAAAUUGCAAUAGACUUCAGUUUAAAUAAAGCAGAUAACCUAAAUAAUACUGAAUCCAUAGAAACAAAAAUGGAAUCACCAGUUAUUGCACCCACACAUGUAGAAGAAACCUGUUUAAACACAUUUAUAAACAGAGAAGUUUCAUCUGAUCCCAUUAGCUUAUUACCUGCAUUGACUGAGCAACAUGAUGAUGUCGUAAAGGAUGAUAAGGGAGAUAGAGGUUGUGAUUUAAGCAACAGUGAAGGAAAUGAUAAUAUAUCCAUCACGAAUAAUGAAAACAGUGAAAGAAAAGAGAAAACUUCAACUAGCGAUGAUGACCAUAAAAUUCUUUUAAAUGAUUUAGACGAAAACAAAGUAAACGAUCCUGUUACAGAACAUAAAAGUCCAGAUGAAAAUGAGUCACCAAAUCUACCCGAAACGGAAAUGCCAGAUAGUGAUAAUUCGACUGUUCUAAUUAGUGAUCAUAACACAAAAGAAAUUAGAAACGAUUUAGACACCGGAGAUACUCCCAGUGAAUUGUCAAAAGAAUCAGACUACAUGUUUCCAGAAAUACAUUCAGAAUAUACAGAAAACCUUACACAAAACUCAAAUGAAAUUUAUGAAUUAAACACUAAUGAUAAAAUCGCUGCUAAAGAUGAACAUGAUGAGAUAAUGGAAAAUUGUGAAAAUCAUGAUGAUUUAAUUGAUGAAUUAAGUAAUUCCAUACCUAAUGAAACAGAACUUGGUUUGGACACUUCACUAAAUAAUGAACUUAAUGAAAUAUCAGAUACUAGAACUUAUCCAGAAAUCAGAGAAAAAACACCUUACACCUCACCGUUACACCAAAUUGAUAACAAACAAUUUCAGUUAAAUGAAGAUUUAUGUCAUGAUCGCUCUGAAAAUAAAGAACAAACAAAAGAGAUGAUUACAGAAGAGAUUCCCAAAGAUUAUGAGAUAGAUCAUACUGAUGGUAACAUCGAAAAUGAUAACUCCUUACAGUUACUGAAGGAUGACAAAAUCGAAAAUGAUAACUCCUCACACUUACCGACUAAACUUUCAUCAUCGUCAUCAGAUCUAGAAGAGGAUUUAAACAAAACAAAUAAUGAAGUCUUUCUAGAUACACCAACCUGUACAAAACAAUCGGACCUUUAUGACUGUGACCAAACAAUUAAUGGAGAUUUAGGAGACAAACUGUAUAAGCCAAUCCCACGAGACUUUUUGUAUUUCAACAAAGAAUUGUAUUCGCCUUGGAUUCAAAAAUUACUCACAUUUUCCGAAGGAAAUUGUAACAAUGUAACACCAGAAAAUGUUGUCGACAGCAGUGAUGACUUUUUAUAUGACUCGAUGGAAUCCUUAAAUACUUCAACAGUGGCUGUAGUAAAACAAAAUGACUGUGAUUUAGAUAUGAGUAAAUCACCAUUUAAAGAUGAUGAACCAAUGUCUGAAGAUGAUGAACCACCAUUUGAUGAUGACAAACCACCAUUUGAAAAUGAUAAACUACCAUGUGAAGAUGAUAUACCACCAUAUAAAGAUGACAAACCACCGUUAGAAGAUGACAAUCCACUAUUUGAAGAUGACAAACCACCAUUUGAAAAUGAUAAACCACCAUGUGAAGAUGAUAAACCACCAUAUAAAGAUGACAAACCAUCCUUUGAAGGUUACAAUUCACCAUUUGAAGAUAACAAUCCACCAUUUGAAGAUAACAAUCCACCAUUUGAAGAUAACAAUCCACUAAUUGAAGAUAACAAUUCACCAAUUGAAGAUGACAAUCCGCCAUUUGAAGAUGAUAAACCACCAGUCGAAGAUGACACACCACCAUUUGAAGAUAACACCCCAUUAUUUGAAGAUGACAAACCAUCAUUUCAAGAUGACAAACCAUCAUUUCAAGAUGACAAACCAUCAUUUCAAGAUGACAAACCAUCAUUUCAAGAUGACAAACCACCAUUUCAAGAUGACCAACCAGCAUUUGAAGAUAGAACCCCAUCAUUUGAAGAUAACAACUCACCAUCUAAAGAUGACAAUCCACUAUUUGAAGAAGACAAACCAACAUUUGAAGAUGACAAUCCAUCAUUUAAAGAUGAGACACCACCAUUGGAAGAUGACAUGUCCAAAAGUGUAACAGAAGACCUGGAUCAAGAUAACCAUAGUGAUAUAGAAAUGGAAACAGAUAAUGCUAGUGUUAUAAAUUCUCCUGUUUUAGACGACUACAUCGACGAGUCAGUUACGAAUCAAGUCGAUUUAAAUAGCCAAAUCGACUCUGAGGAUAAUUUUAAAAUGGAAGAAAAUUCUGUAGCUCCUGAAGUUGUUGCCGAUGAUGAGCCAUGCCUCAACAAUAAUGAUGUAACUGAAUCUUGUAUAGAGUCCGAUAUUGAGGAAAAUACCCUCGCAGACGAAAAUGUAAACGCUAGUUACGAAGAUCAGAUUAAUAGUGAUGUUGAUAAUCAAUGUGAGGUUGCAUCUGAAGUAAGUGAAUUAGAUACAUCUAAAGAAGAAGAAGUCGCCUAUGAAUCGAUUCAAUGUCCACCAGAUCAAUGUAAUGAUCAGAAUGAUGAUAGAAAACAGAAUACAACGUUAGAAACGAAUGACUCUGAGAAUGUACGUUUUCCUUCCAAUGAAAUCCCGUAUAAAAAGUGUAACCGCCUUAAAAGAUCCCUAUCAGAUUCUGCAUUAAACAUGUACAACAAUGAAGAACAGACAAAACAGGAAAAUGAAGAUAAUGUACAGUUUAUUUGGCCAUUUAAACGUAGAAAGGUCAAUAAAGUAAACAAUGAAUUUAUAGCUCAAAAUUUAUGCAAUAUAAUUCAUAAUAAUAGACGUAAUUCAGUGUCUUCUUUUUAUAAUGAAGAAAAUGUUUCAUUUUGUAUUUUUAUAGACAAUAGUUGCAUUAUAACUGAAGAAGAAAAUGAAGAAACAGAGAAAGUUUGUUAUACAGAACUUGCGGAAGAUUGUCUACACGAUGACUUAAAUACUGAGACUUUAUCAGAAGAUAUAUCAACUCCACAACCAGAACACACUUGUGAUUAUUCAGAUUCAGUUGUAGUGGAUUGUGAAGAAGAAAAGGCCUUAGAAGAGUCAUGGGUGGAAGAUGUGGGUUGUGAAGAAACGAUUAUUGAUGACGAUGUUGCCGAAGACAUCGAAAUUUGCGAACCUUCGUCCCCAAAAGACGUUAUUUUGUCUGAUAAUGAAGAGUCUGGUGUUUUUAGUAGCAGCGAACACACCGAUAAAGUGAAGUCAAUAUAUGGUGAUAAAAUGUGUAGCGAUGAUGCUCUAUUCGUUGAAACUCUGUAUAAUACUCCACAAAUGGAUGUAAAUAAAACUUUGUAUAGUAGAGAAACUCGUGUUUCUGAAGAAUAUGACAGAUAUUAUGAUAACUAUUCUUUAGAAAAAAUGUUAUCAGAAUCUAAUGAGCCACCAUUGUCUCCUUACGUUCCACCAUAUAUUGACAAAAUUUUAAAUUCUGGGAAAUUAAAUCCUAAAGAAACGCCAGAAGACAAGGAGAAUGUUAGUGAAGGAACUUCAUCUCCAUUCCAAAAUAAGAGUAAUGCUUUAGACAUUGUUGUAGAUAUUAACGUUGAUAAAAAUGAACGUGAAAAUCGACAUUCCAUAGAAUUUUUUGCGAAAACUCAAGAAGAUGCCGUGCAUUCAUGUGAAUCCAGUGUCGAUGAUGUAUUUACGUAUAAUCAGAAAGACGACGAUGCAGUUUAUACGUCCAGUUCACCUGAAGUAUCCUCUACCACUUCGGAAGAGAAAAAUUCCGGCAUAUUAUUAAAAAUAACAAACUAUAAAGGUUCUAGAAUAUCACAAAUUAAUGAUAUUAGUAGUGUUAAUAAGAGAUCUAGUUGCAAGUUUACAGAAGAAAAGGAAUAUUUACAUUCUCACGCAAAUUUUUCCUCACAUCGACCACUUUUGACUAAAGCAGCUCAAAAAUAUAUUCCCCCUUUAAAAGAAUCCAUCCGUGAUCUUAAAGUCAAACUUUCUUUACCUCAACAUAGUCUUAUGAAGCUAAAGCAAUUAAAAAUGUCCAAAGAUGAACCAAAGCUGAGUAAACAAAAUGUUUCAACUCCUCGCAUUCCUAAGAAACCAAAGCCUAAAUUUGAAGAUGUCCUUAAAAGUAUAGAUGAAAUGCAAUUUAAAAUGCAUAAGGAAAAGACCAAAAAACCAAAAAAAUCUAUUCCUAAAGUAGUUAUUAAGAAAAAUCAAAACGGUUCUCAUUACGCGAGUACUUCAAAUAAAGACGAUUUCAACCCGGAUUUGACAGGUAGAAAGUGGCAACCAUGGGUGUUUAUAGAGAAAAACCAUUUUAUUGACAAAAUGGCAACUAGAAACAAAACCAAGGCUAUAUAUAGCCACAGGAAGAGGACUUAUGUGUUAGCUGAAAAGUUUCAGAAGUAUAAGUCUGCAAGCAGUGCUAAGUUUGUGAUAUCGCCACCGAUAUCUGACAACUCCUCUUCCUCGGGACUUAAAUACACGAUAAGAUUAAAACAUAAUUACUGAGUGUAGUUUGUGUUGAGUGUCGCAGUUCCUUGGGUCUAUGUAUAAUAAUUAACAGCCAUAUUGGCUUCUGUGUUAAUGGAUCCCACCCCAAUGAAGGUCUCGUGUUAUCAUUCCUACGAUUCCAUUUUAGUUUUUUAGUAGUUACCCAUGUUAGUUUACUAUAUAGUUUAUAUAACGAAGCCAAAUUCAAUACUAAGUGUGAUAUAAAAGAAAAGAAUUGUUAUUGUUUGAUAGUGCAAUUUGAUCUGAUCUGUAAUUUGUUAGAGUUUCAAAUUUUAUUAUAAUCGUUUUUACCUGCUGUGCCUGUCAUUCCAUUUUUAUUAGUGUUAUUGAUUAGUACUAUUUAUUUCUUAGAAUUGCACCUUCAAGAUUUUAGUUAUUUAUUUAGCCAUAAUUUAUGAGUAUUAUCUCCGUUAAAUAUUUGAUUCCAAAUAAUACUGAUAUUUCUAAUAAAUAUGUUUAUGUUUGAAUAAUGUUUAGAUGAGUUUUCUGUAAGUUGAUUUAUUCGUAUUGGCGGCGGAGUCCAUGCCUAAGUAAAUGUUUUGUAAAUAUAGUUGAUGUGUGAAGUGGUGUGUGCAAUCAAGGUCACCUAACAUAAAAAUGUACUUAUACCUAGUCUAUGAUAAUAAUUGGUAAUAGUCCGAUAUAGAUAAUCAUAUUUUUGUGUGCCUAUUUAAAGAAUUUAUUUGUAAUCUAUCGAUAAAUCGAUCCACUCCAUUUGAUGAAACAUGUCGUAAACCUCUUUCUGUCUUCCGUCGCCAAAGUUGAGAGCGUCGCUGUAAUGUAUAAAUGUGGUGCUUCAAUCUGAAACCCGAGUGUACACCAUGUGUACACGGCUAGGUUCAUUAUCGUUAUAUCGUCCGUGAUGAACGCAGCUUGCAAAUAUCCUGAUUAUACUUAUACAAUGUCCAUAGAGCCGAUAGAGCGCUGUACAGCUUGUUCUAGCGGUCGAUACAAAGAUAGUGGACUAAUUUUGAUGAUAUUUAUGUACCUUGGCAAUGAAAUAAUCACUGUGUGGUUUUGACAAGAUGUUAUAUAUUAGUGUUAGUACGACCAGUGCCUUCGGUACUGUCCAGAUUGCUCACGUAUAGUAAAUAUUAAGCACAUGUGUAAUCAUGUCUGAUAGAUAUUGAUUUGACUGCAACAUGUAUCUAUGUUACUGUGUAGGCGAAGUACAAAAUUUGCACACUUUAAUUGUUAAUACCUUAUAAUGUAACGUGUAUUUUGUAAGAAUAUGUUCGUUCAAUAUCAUUCAAUAAUUUUGUUUGUAAUGAUGUUGCAGUGAAACAACAUAGUGUAGGUAGGUAAUAAAAUUAAAGCGUGAAAUAACCAAAGCCAAUACUCAGAAAUAAUAGAUGUUGAGAAAGUGUGUACGUACGUAGGUACCUACUGAAUGUAUACCUACACGGCGAAAUAGCUGCCGGAUGCGAUACGUCUCGUAUUGGAGAGGUAGAUGUAUCAUAAUAAUCUAUGUAAAAUAUCAAUAUAAUUUAUACAAAUUGCACCCAGAAUAUUUAUUGGGCAUAUUUUCAUAUACGUACCUAGGUUGCGAAGUUUUACUACACAUUGUUCCAAUACAGGUCCAUGUUUUACGUGGUAAGCAGCGAUAGGAUACGCUGACAGUGCCUUCUACAUAGUGCUGAUAUUAUACAAGCAGUACCUUCGUGUACCUAUGUCUUAGGACAAUUGUUACUACAUACGUUUUGGCCAUUUUAAAUAUUUUGGAAAUAUCUGUUGAUCUCAUAAAGGCACUCACCGAUUCAUGUUUUGCCUUAUCGUGCCUAUAAAUAUAUUUUAUUAUUAAAAUACACUAUUUUGAUAUCAUGUACAGGGUGUUCAAUAAAUAUACCAAAUAUAUGUGCUUUUAAGUCCUGCAUACAUGUAUUUGCAAAGUGUUGCCUUCGUAGAUAAAAUAUUUUAGAAAUACAUCAUAGUGUUAUUGUGUAACAAGUAAUUGAAAUAAUAUUUUAAAUGUGUUGAAAUUCCGUAUAAGAUGGUCGGUUAUACAGUUUAAUUUAUUUAUAGAUCAUAAUAUAUUGUAUGAGAAAUGGUAGUUUUAAGUAAUAGUCGUAAGUUUUAUGGAUAAUAAAUGUACAAAGGUAAAGUUAAGAGAUGUGUUGAUUUGCGCCCUGGAUUUAUUUGGGCACAUAACCUCAGUAGCGUUGAGGCUGGAUAUUUACCAAAAUGACAGUUUGCUGGUACACGUGCAUGUAAUGGUGAGACGCGGCGCGCUGCCUGCGCCUGCGCCUGCCUGCCUGCAGGCGGUGCCCGGGGGUGGCGCGCAGUCUCGCAGACUGAUGACUGAUUACUUCACGUUCACAUAGAGUCCUAUCAUAGAAUUUAUUUCAUCGUAACUUUCGAUACCUUGUAUGUUUGUUAUGCACUAUUGAGUGGAUUGUUGUUUUUUUUCCUGCACUUGUUGGCCAUUGUUAUAACUAAGUUAAUUAAUGGUAUAUUCUAUUGUGGUUAAAUUAUUUAAUUAAGGGUUAUGGAUUAGUUAUUAUUGAUGAUUUAAUAAUUAGAUAUUUGUUUGUCGUUUAAAUGUUAAUGCAUAUCUUCUUAUGCCAGUAACGCACGUGAUAAUGUAUGGUGAUAGACGUAAUAUUGGACACACUUGCUCUAAAACUGAGUGGUUUAUAAACUCAAGUGUGACACAUUAUACUGUUAAUUAAUGGGAUGUUAUUAUGUAUUACGUUUUCGAGUGGUACCUAGUUUUGAAAUUGUUCUAUAAUUGACCAAAAUAAAUGUGUUCGCAGUAAA